AUGGCGCUAGUUCCGCAUGAGCCAACGGGCUUCUCAAAGUCCACUUUGUAUGAUGGACUGAAACUCGUCAUGGUGCCAGUUGGUCAAGAUGAAGAGGAGGUUCAGAUGGACCCCGAAAAGGGACCUUUGGUGAUGCAGCUUGAUGGCUCUCUGACGCAUUUGCAGCCUGUCCGUGGGAUUGCUGGUGGUGGUCAGAUCGGUGAAAAGCUUUGGCCACAAAUGACAUCCACAGAACAGACUUGUGCGCUGUAUAUUUGCGCAAAGAAGAAUCGCUAUGUGAAAGAGAGGCUGGAGAUCGAAUGA